AUGACGUUGAAUCGACGAGCAUGUACACAAGUCCUCAUCGUCCGACGGACAGAUAAGACGGGGUCUGGUCGAUUCCAAAACUUCCAGUCUUUCAGGUUCCGUCGUAGAACUCGGAAGCCUUUUCUUUCAGCGGUCGUCUCUCCCCAGAAGUUUUCAGCCAUGGUGAAUAUGAAAGUGGCCUACGGAUUGGGCAUCUGUCAGACGGGCCUGACGAUCAUCUGCUUGGCCUUGUUCCGGUCCAAGUACCUGAUGGCGGACGUCCUCAGUUACGACCAGUUCGCGACAAAGCCGGAGCCGAUGGCGCUGGCGAGCGACCGGACGAACCUCCUGAUCGGGACGCUCAUCGCCUUCAUCAUCUUCACGCCGGCUCUGCUCAUCUGCUACGCGCUCGGACAGGGCGAUAAAGACACACCGAUUGCCUUCGCCUACGAGGGUAUCAUUCAUAAUGAUUUCGUUCCCGAGAGUCAGGCAGCUAACGGACUGAUCUGCGAGGAGGCACCAACUGAUGAUCGGGUGAAACGGUGA